UAAUCGCCACAUUCGGUCCCGGGGUUUAUUGCCUGCGGAACACCGGAGAGCUCUCCCACGGCUCCAAUGGCCUCCCAGACGACGACGCCCCCGGCCGCCUUGUCGGAGGGGAGGAAGCGCGCGCUUGCGGCACUGGACCGAAGGUUCGCCAUCGAAGCAGAGCUUCUCCAAGAACGAGAACAGCGACACGAGAGUAAGAAGAGGAAGCGAGCUCCCGAGGGAGAAAGGGAAUCCGAGCGGCGGGAAGGAGAAGACAUUGCCUCUCUCGCCUCCGCCGUGGCGCCAAAUCCCUCGUCCUCCUCCAAGCAAGGGAAUCUCGUCACUGGUCGAACUCCUCGGCGGGAGACGGAUGGAGACGCGCACCCUGUGUACUCGGAGCUUUCCGAGAUGGUUCAUGAGAGUUUGCUACAAGGUGUUUCCAAGACUACGAAUAGAGGGGACUCUUUGAAUAAAGUCAUCAACGAUAUUAUUCAGAAAGGUGACGAGGGCAUUAAGUAUGCAAAAGGAACCAGAAGCCUAAAGUUUGACAACUGGAUUCUCCUGGAUAACUUCGUGUCAAAGAGUAAUCAAAGAAUGGAUACACGGGCAAAAGCUUUACAGAGCCAUUCGAAACGGUCAAGGAAGCACAUGUCCAUGAGGCAACAUAGAAAGUGUGGAACAUUUGAUCUGCCCAAGGAGUUCUAUAACUUCGAUCUCUUCAAACCAAUGCAUGAAAUGUGGAAAUCCUAUAUUAUCGAGCUUCUAAAAGAAACUGGGAAAAAGGAGUUAGCUGAGUGCCUUCUCAUGGCAGACUUACAUGGUGCAUUUUUUCUAGUUGUCGAAUGCAAAACAACUGCCUUCAAGGGUGUAAGUGGUAUCAUGAUUCGUGAGACUGCAGAGACCUUUGGGAUAAUUACACAAAAUAAUCGAUUUCGAGUUGUUCCAAAAAUGGGUUCUGUAUUCAUAUUUCAAGCUGGCUGUUGGAAGAUUACUUUGUAUGGAGACAAAUUUUCAAAAAAAAUGUUGGAGGAUAAUAAAUCUCUGAAGCAUCGAAAAACAUUCUGACAAGAUGAGAUAGAAGGUUGUCAAUUUGGCUAAUGAUCAGCCUCAUCGUGCUGCUUUACUUCCUGCCCGGUGGUUGAUAGAAGACCUCAUCGUGAACCAGCUCUUGGGUCACUUCUAGAUUGUCCUUGCUAUCUUAGAGGUGGAUCAAGGUCUUCCCUCCAGCUUGGAGAAAAAUGGGAUAUAUUGCAUUUGGACCACUUACUAGAUACAAUCACUGGUUGCAAAAUGUAUUACCAAUGAAUCUUUAAAUUUUGAUCAUCUUACUCAUUUAUUGGUUGCUUGGAUAUGAUUUCUGGCAUUUGGCUUUCAUGGAGCUGUCGGUGUUCUGCAUUUUUUUGUUGAUCCAGCUGAUCCAGCCAAAUGUACGGUAGGACACCAUGGAAAUAUGAGGUCUGUUGGACGGGGUGGUAUACCUAAGUUCAUAA